UCUCCCUUCUGGUUCGGCGGCUGCGGCGGUAACGCCAACUGCUUUAACACAGAACUAGAAAGUGUCCGGACAUGUGGCGCUGAUAGUAAGUCCUGACUGAAGGAAGAGACCCGGCACUGUGUCUGUGGAUGUUUCAACUCACGGAUAUUAACAACGUCUCGUCAUCUUGUCUCAUAAUACUUAGUCUAUUCUUCUGCUCGCUGCUCUUUUUCUUCAUCACGAUAUCAGUAACACUUCAAUGGAGGAAAGUCAAACCAUAGAAACAUGAUACAGUUAAAACUGGCUCAUGAGUCUAAAACUAGAACUCAUUUCUCAACAUAGAAGAGCAGGAUUCAUGAACCUGCAGCGAUGCUGCUGACGCUGAUUAAAUGCCAUAAACUUGUGGUUGUUUUUGUUCCAGAUCCAAACAUCCUGCCAACUCCGGAGCUCGUCAGCUUCGUCUCUAAAGACAGCUGUCUCCUCAGUCAGGACCAAGGCAGCUGUCAGAACUACACCAUGAUGUGGUUCUUCGACAGCCAGCAGAAGGAAUGUUCUCGCUUCUGGUUCGGCGGCUGCGGCGGCAACGAGAACCGCUUCAAGACUCAAGAGGACUGUGAGAACCUCUGUGUGACGAAGAGUCAAUGAGGAGGACGAAGAGUCUGACGAUAAACCACCAAUGUCCGCAUCUUCAAGGAAACGCAGCAAAGUGACUUCUCCAGGACUUAAAAGCCUUAAUUCAUGAUUUAUUAAAACCCUCAAUUCGCCGCAAGGUCAACGGUUCGAUCCUUGGCUGAGACAUGUCAUGUGUUGAAAUGUCCCUACAUUGAACCCCUAACGGCUCCCCGGGCGCCUGUCAUAGGCAGCCGACUGCUCCCUAUAUACAGGGAUGGGUCAAAUGCAGAGACAAAUUUCCCCCUUAACGGGAGAAAUAUGGUAUAAUAAAAAUUUAAAAUAAAGUUUAAAACCCUCAAUUCGUGAUUUAAAACCCACUAUUCAACAUGUUUUGUUCUUUUAACACUAAACUCUGAUGGACGUUGGUUCAACUUGACGGACGCUCACUUCUUUUCAGCUGUCUUUAUAAAGAAGUUUGACAGAAUCAGAAAUCAGAAACAUUGAAGUGUUUUUAAGUGAAAGAUGUAACCAUCAUAAAUGUUUGAACGUAACUGCAGGUAAAGAGGGUCGAUUCAUUUUAUUGUAAAACCUUAUCUUGAAUUUUCUCCAAUUCUUAAAGUGUUUAUGAUGUAAGAUAUGAAACCGUUAUUUCUUACCGUUUAUUGCACCGUUUUAUUACAAAUAAGUGUUUGUACUUCAGCUUCCAGAAAUCCAGCAAACAUCUGAGUGUUACUUUCACAGUUUGGUCAUCGUAGUAGAUGGUAGACGUCAACGUCAAAGUCUGACUUCAGACUCGUCUCCUGACUUCGGACACGUCUCGGGUCUUCGGACUCGUGACUUCGGACUCGUCUCGUGGCUUCGGACUCAUCUUCAGACUCGUCUCCUGACUUCAGACUUGUUUCCUGACAUCAACUGAUGAACCAAACUUUGAAAAUAAGAGCCAGAUAAUGUUGUAAAGGAUGAAAGUGAACUGGAGCUGCUGAGGUUAGGGGGUCAACCAGAACCUGGUUCAGUUUGUUCCACUAAUAUGAACCUGAAGUGGUUUAAGUCUGAGUCUUCAAAGGUCUGAAAUGUCUCUGUCUGCGUGUCUGUCUGACCUAAAGAUCACUGGUUUAUCAAACCGACAGAUGGUGCUUCAUGUAAAAAACACAAUAAAGACUUUAAGAAAAGCUGUUUGUUGACAGAUGUCCAUGAUGAAGAAACCUGCAGCUGGUUAGUGUAAAUGAUGAUAAAGUUAACAGGCGGCACAGAAAGACUGAUUUUAUAUAAAAAUAUAUAGAUUAUUAUUAUCUGAUUAAUCUGAUCAGAGCUGAAACAUCUGUGAUGAUUUUGUUUUCAUUUGACAGUAAAUAAAUAUGAAGUAUUAAUGAAAUC